CUCCCGGCACGGGGUGGAUUUCCCUUCCUCACCCACUGCGGGGCCCGGAGGCGGCGCGGGAAAGCUGCCGGGAAGUUGUCUGCGCAAUGGAUAACUCGCCUACAUUUCAAAAGAGUCCGUGAAGGCGGCUCCGCCGUGACCCGGAAGGAUUGGGCGGAGGCGGGGAAAUUUUGAACAAUGUGUGGAGAAAACGCAGCCAAGUGAAGCUGAUGUAGCAGAAUGUUCCCAUCCCAACUCGGAGGCCCAGCAAAUUGGAGAGAAGAUGAUGCCAGUAAAAAGCAGCCCUUCAGUUGAUACAAGUUGUGUGGACUUCCUCCAGUUUUGCCAGUGCUGUGACAGAGACCUUCAAAACUUAAAGAUCAAUUGAUCUUGUUAUUUGGAAAUACUGUGAACUAAAACAUGUAACUGCUGAAAUGAGUGUUGUGGUGGACUACGCUGGAGCCUGUUUCCUCUCCUGAGGCACUGAAAGGCAGAAGCACCUUGCAGAGCAUGGUUGGUGGCACAGGGAUACACAGUUCCUCACAGAGUCUAAGAGGAAACUUUUAAAAGGAAAUAGAGUCUUUUCCAGGCUGAAGCUCAGGACUUGGCAAAGAAACACAAAAUGUCUCCUGAAUCAAAAAAACUUUUCAACAUAAUUCUUCUGGGAGUCUCAUUUAUGUUUAUGUUCACUGCUUUCCAAACAUGUGGAAACAUUGCGCAAACUGUAAUCACAAAUUUAAACAACACGGAUUUUCAUGGCAGUGGCUACACAAGCAUGUCCAUUAUUUAUGGAGUAUUGUCUGCAUCAAAUCUUAUAUCACCAUCAGUGGUUGCAAUAGUAGGACCUCAGCUCUCCAUGGUUGUUAGUGGUGUAUUUUAUAGCCUGUACAUUGCUGUUUUUAUCCAACCUGCUACAUGGUCAUUCUACACUGCUUCUGUUUUUAUUGGCAUUGCAGCUGCUGUACUCUGGACAGCACAGGGAAAUUGCUUGACUGUGAAUUCUGAUGAGAACACCAUUGGAAGGAACAGUGGAGUUUUUUGGGCACUCUUACAGUCGAGCUUGUUUUUUGGAAACCUGUACAUAUACUUUGCUUGGCAAGGAAAAACUCACAUAUCAGAGAGUGAUCGUAGAACUGUCUUCAUUGCUCUGACUGUUAUCAGUCUUGUGGGCACAGUUCUCUUCUUUCUGAUUAGGAAACAAGAGGACACAAAAACUCCAGGGGAGGAAGAUUCUGUUAAUGAAAUCCUGGGGGACAGCACGUCUGCACAAAACAAAAUGACAAGAGCAGUGGCUGCCUUCAAGAAAUCUAUAAAGCUGAGCUUCACCAAAGAGAUUCUGCUUCUCAGUGUCACAACAGCCUACACAGGUUUGGAAUUAACAUUCUUUUCUGGAGUGUAUGGAACAUGUAUUGGUGCUGUGAAUAGGUUUGGCAAUGAAGAGAAAAGCCUUAUUGGUCUCUCUGGUAUUUUUAUUGGUGUUGGAGAAAUUCUAGGUGGAGGACUCUUUGGUUUACUGAGCAAGGGCAAUCGUUUUGGCAGGAACCCUGUGGUCAUGCUGGGCAUUGUUGUCCAUUUCAUAGCCUUUUAUUUAAUUUUUUUCAACAUGCCAAAUGCUGCCCCUAUUGCUCCCAUGCAAGGAACAGAUGAUGUUGCUUAUAUGAUCCCAAGCAAAGAGGUGGCCAUGUUCUGCAGCUUUCUGCUGGGCCUGGGGGACAGCUGCUUUAACACCCAGCUCCUCAGUAUUUUAGGGUUCCUGUAUUCAGAAGACAGUGCUCCUGCCUUUGCCAUCUUUAAGUUUGUUCAGUCCAUCUGUGCUGCAGUUGCAUAUUUCUACAGCAACUACUUCCUUCUGCAGUGGCAACUCCUGAUCAUGGUGGUCGUGGGCUUCUUUGGAACAAUUACCUUUUUUACAGUGGAGUGGGGAGCAGCAGCAGCUCUUGCUGCUCGUGGCUCAGACUACAGCAGCAUUUGAUCUGGAUACCCUGGCUGGUCCAACGUGAGAGGAAACCCAGGCACAUUUAUUGAGAAGUGAUGGGAGAAGGUGGAAAAACGAAGUUGCUGCAGACAUUGAGAUGGAGGAAGCUGUUCCUAAAUCUGCAUCAGUCUGACUGAAUGUGAAACGUGAGAGAAAAUAAAAAAGCCAAGUUUUGAAAGGCUUUUUUUCUUGCUUUAAUCAGCUGAAUGUGGUAUUCAUGUCCUAAAAAUCCAGUUUUAGAAAUGAAAGGAAAUGUAGGGAUCUAUGUAUUGAGCAAGUCUGUUCUGAGACAAACCUUUCAGAAUGUAAUUGCCUAAUUUCACUCUGCCAUGCACUACAGAAUUGCAGUUCCUUUCUCCCCUUCCCAAAUUAUUUUUCCUAUAAUCUAGUUCUGCAGGCACUUGAAUUCUUGUAUUGAAUGAGUUAUGUUUCUAUAAGGGAUGCAAUACCACUGAGUGUGUCUGCACUACUGAGAAAUCAAUUUAUGUCAUUGACUUCUUCAACAAUUAGAUAGAAGUGUUUCUGUGGGAAAUGUUCCUGCCUUGUUCUGUAUCACCCAGGCCUUUGUUUCCCAGCUGUUUGUUCAUGAGUCUCUUUGAUGUGCUUAAAUUCUAUCAGAUGUAUGGGUUUCCUUGGAGAAAGUGAGUCAGGUUGUAGUAUGACAUGGAAGAUUUUAUAAGAAUCUGAAGAAAUUGCCCAUAACCACCUUAAGGAUGUGAUCCUGGGGCUGGUGAAGUACUGGUAAUUGAGAACAGUCUCUUGAUUUAGCAUCUCAGAAUUGAUCUGUGCUGGAACAGAUACUGAAACUUCCUCAGGGUGAUGCUGUACAAAGGACCAUAAGACAUGGUUUCCCUCCCUGCCUCCUAAACAAUUAUUUUUUUUGACCACAUUUUCACCCAUUCAGUUUCCCAUUUGCUGUGCUGGGACCACUGUCUGAGAUAACUUUUAGAAAGCACAAAUAGAGUCAAAGUGAACUCUAAGCAUAACCUUGCAGCAUGUAUUCUACUGCAAAGCCUAAAAAUACCUGAAACACUUGACAGGAGUUGUUGCAUUCAGUGUAUUUUGGGCAGCCUGUACUGUAAUCUUAUCCUGCCAAAUGCAAACCCAGGGCUGUUGGCAUCAUGACUCAGUUUUAAUCCUGAACUGUUACAGAUGAUGUAAUACAGGCAGGGAAUGCAGCUCACCUUGGUUUUCUUUCUGUCUACAGGGCUCUGUAGUACUUGCAGUUAUGUUUCUGUCUAGCAGGCAAACAAGAUGCAAGUGAGAGCAGGUAUGGAACACAGAGAAGGUGUUUUUAGGUGCCCCCCUGAGCUAUUUUUAGAGAAGUGGUGUUCAUCAACACCUUUUUACACACAAACUGCUAAUGUCUUUCAUCUUUAAAGUCAAGCAAAGAGAAGUUGGCUGGGUAUGUGUCAGUAGUUUCUGCAUGCCAUAACUGUGUAGGUGUACCCAGAGUUGAGGUUGGUGAGGGUGUGUGUUACCUGCUGUGGCAUUUCUUGUCACUUUUGCUCUCACAGUACCCUGUAGCACAGCUCCUGUGUCACACAGCAAAACAGCAGGGAGGGAUUAUUUUACUGGCAUGUAGAAAUGUAUUUUUAAAUUCAGUGCAGGUUUUUGCUGCAAGGUGUUAAUGGGAGGAUGAGAGGGCACCUGAACCUUUUUCAAGCAAAGAAAUCUGUGAGGACAGCCAGGAAAGAAAAGCUUUGUGUAUUCCCAAGAGAUGCCAUGAGUGAUGUAAGGGAGAAUGAGACAGAACACAUGUUUGAGCAAGGGCUUGCAGGAGCCUUUCCAAUUUGUCAGACAAACUGAAGAAGCAUUCAGUAUUCAAUCAAUAUCUAUGAUUAAUGUGACCAGCAGCACUCUUAUGCCUUUCUCUUAUCCACUCCUGUUAUCUGGUAAUUUGAAGCAUACUAUUUUUAUGUAACAAGUGCUGUAAAAGGUAUAGAUUAUAGGGUGCUGCCAGUGGUUAGACUUCUUGUGUUGCUGUGCAUUUGUGUUUUCUCCUGAGUAACAAAAGGGAUAAAGAGCUUUUUUUAAGAUAGGGAGUUACUGCCUUUUGUCUCUGAACCUUUUCUGGGACCUCUGUUCCCCUGCAUACCAACGAGAGCAAAAAGACCUGGAAGUUCACAAGGAAAAAUUUGUCUUACAGUACAUGGGGAGGAAAAAAUUAUUCUUGUUGUUAAGUUGGCUUUUAAAAGAGCCAUUUAAUUGUACUUAGUGGCUCUUCUGAAAUUGCUUGUUAAAUGCAUCCCUUUAAGUUAUGAACUUGUGUUCUUCAUGUGCCAUGUAGGAAUCAACCAUUUUAUUAGGAAUUAAACUUCUGAAGUUCAUGUAGUUUCAAAGCAUUUUGAGACCAACUUUCAUGGAUACUGCUCAACUAGGACUUGGGGAGUUUCACUACUUCUGAAGCUGAUUAUUUUCUUAAUUCCUCUGUUCUGCUUGGUCUAACAUAGCUCAAGUAUGUUGGUCUAAGUAACACUAGAAGGCUGUCUAGAACUAUUUAUUGGGUCAUUAAAGUGAAAUUUUAUAAUUCCUUUGUGAUUGGGUCAUCAGGGAAUCAUGAAAUUCUCAAGUGCAUCAUGGAUUGCCAGGUGUAUUUUGGAGUAACUGUAUAAAGUAUCAAUGCUGACGUUUGAUCUUGAGAGAGAAAGUUCUCAGUUAUUCAGGCUGAUGAUGACAGAACUGCUUUUCACUUAUUCAUAUCUCUUUGUUUUGUCAGGAGGUGAAAAAUCCACCCAGCUGCACACACGUGUCAGUUCAGCCAAAUGUUUGGGUAGAGUAGUAUAAAGACUCAGUGCUGACAUCCAUUUAUGAUUCCAUCUCUUAAUCCUUUUAUCAGCAUUUGCCAGCCCUGAGACUGCACCACAUUGAUUUCACCUCCUUGGCCUUUGAACAGUUUCUGUUAAUCUCAACUGGGACCUUGCUGUUAAAUUAAGUAGGAUUUGGAAAAAAAAGGCUUUUACUCUAUUUGUGAUGUUAUGCACUUGCUUUAUAUUUUGUGUUUUAUCUUUAUGAGCAAAAUUGCACAUUAAGUUGCUUGGGUUUAUUGAAAAGAAUGACUUCUCUCACUUGUGGGGUUUGGGGCUUUUUUUGGCAUUGUUAUCCCUUUAGGUUGUUACUGAGGUUUAAUAUCUUGAUGUCACAUCCCCAAGCUUUUUAAACAUGUUAAAGAGAAAAUGAAAACUGACAUUGAUCUUUGAGUGCCAAAGAAGCAGCUACAAAUUAGUUUUUGAUGCAUAUAUAAGCAUGAUGUAUUUUUGUUGAUUUUCAUUUUGGUACAUGAAUGCAUGGAAAGAGCUGUCUGCAGCUGUGGACAGUUCUCAUAAUUAAGUGAUGUGCCUUUACUUUUGUUGUCUUAAUUUUGUUAGGUACAACCUAUGUUAGCAAGUUGAGAUAAGGGAGAGAACUUUCUAUAUAGAUGCUCUUCAUAAAUAAUUAGAGCCUAUAAAUUCCUGCAGAUACAGCUAAACUCAGAAGAGAUUUAAAUAUAUUUAUAUAUAUCAUAACCUUUACUGAGAUCCCUAUCCUAGCAGAAACCCUCCUGUUACUAAAACCUAGAAGGCUUCUGCUGGUAGAGUUCUUUCAGGUUUUGUGACCAUUUUAAACUACUGGAAGCAACAUCCUAGUGGGUGAACUGUAUGGAAAAGUAAUUUAAGUGUCAAAAACCUUAAAUUCAGACCUGUAUGUCAGUUAACCACACUGGGAAAGCUCCAUUUCACUUUCUUUGAGCUCCAGGAGUUGAUAUCAGCUGGGAAUGUGGUUCCAGUGAUUAAUGUGACAGAGGUUGCCCAGCAGCUUUCCUCUGCUUGAAGAGUGGGUGAGUAUUAAGAGAACCUCAAAGACUGUUUUCUAGGGCAGUGCUUAAUUGUUUGCUGUCAGGAACCUUUCCAUCUGACACCCUGCCAGGAGAUACAAUACCAACUUUGGACUUGAAUUGUGGGAGUUAUGUAGCAGGGCCUGGCAUUUAUCACCAUGACUUUUUUCUAGCAAAAUGCUUUUUUAACAAACUUUGUCCACAAAGUUUUCUUGGAAAUCUUGUAGCCCCACCAAGGCCAGUUGCUGGGCAGCAGUGGUUAAUGCCACAUUCCCUAAUUCCUUGGUAGGUCUGGCAUGCUGGCAGAAAUAUGAAGAGAAGGGAGAAUUUAAAGCUGGAGAUGAGUCAAGAGAUGAGCUGCUUAACAAGAUGCUUGCUGCUCUGAUAAGACCACACUGGUUCUGAAGCAAGGUUCAGGCUCCCAUUUGUUGUAGUUUUCCUGGAUAAAUUCAGAAUAAUGCUUUGCUAAGUUUCACUUCAGAGUUGGUGUGACAGAAAAGUACUAAUGGGAAAGUGGCAAAAACAUCCUUAAAGUGCAAUAGAGCCCAAAUCUGGUACUGAGGGUAAUUCUCAGCAGGCAUGUGAAGGAGAUGCUUUGUUAAUUGGGUCUGGGGAUUUAGCUGCUGCUGGCGUUGACUCCAUUUCUGUUUGUUUCCUGCUUUCUCUGCUGUCUUGGUUAUUUCAGCUGUUGCCACGUCCUCCUCCAAGCUCCCCUUUCUCUUCUGUUUACAUCCUGAGCUGUGCAGAAAGAUAAUUUAAAUGAUUGAAACUUCUUUUUGCCUUUUUAUUCAAGGUGUCUGGGUUAGAACUAACUGGUGAUAAUUGAGAACUGGCUGACACAAGGAUUAUCCUAAUGAAAAUGUUGGUUUCAGCUGAGUCUUCUUGACUCUUGAUGAUAUUCUCUUGUUACAGUCACACCAUGCAAAUAAAAGUCAAUCACAGACAA